AUGCUGGUCAUGAACCUCCCCCUAAUCCUGGCUGCCUUCGGGCUUGCCACCUCCGUCGUCGCCUCGCCCAUCAGCAUGGGAGAAGCCAACAGCGCCGUCGUUAGAGACGCGCCGCCCGUCGCCAGGGCCAUCCAGCCCGGAGCUGUCCCCAGGCUGGCCAAGAGGACCGGUGACGACGCAAAGGUUCACUGCCACAAGCACCAGCACGUCUCCAAACACGGCCUCUGCGCGAACAACCGCAUCAGGCGCAACUGA